AUUUAUGUCACAUUUUAUCAAUUAAUUAAUGGCUACAUUUAUUUUUAAUAUUAUUUUUGUUACUUUUAACAGCAUUUAUUUAUUUAUCGAGUCAUUUAUUUAUUUAUUUUUUAUUUUGGCAGGUUUAGUCCUCCAUACUGGCAUCCACCUACCACUGUAUCUAAUGUCUUUCAUGCCAUUUUUGCUUUUGUUUUUAUUGUUUUUGUUUUUUUUAGUAAUUUAUUGUAGCCUUUUGAAUCUGCGCAGGAGGGGACAGUAUUUUAUCUUUAACUGAUUUUGAGCAGCCGUGCUACCUGAAUAUUUAUCAUGUUUAAAUAAUUUCACAAUCUGAAAAACCCUUUUUCACAUCAAAUCUGGCCCACUAUUUCAGUAACAGUGUUUGUUAAUAACACAUUUAUAUAUGAAUAUGUACUAGUGGCCUUUUAUAUCAGAUUUUUCGUCAGUGAAGAAGCGCUUUCUUCUGCAAUAAACGGAGGAUGAAGGCGGUGCAGCAGCCUGUGAAUGGACCCGGUCACAGAAGGAACAGAAGCACUUCACAUCCACACUUUAACUCAAGUGAAAUCCACAUUAUUUUUGAAGUGCCUGGGGAGUCACCCAUGUCACCGCCAACGCUGUUCAUCCACCGCUGCAUGCUGCUGCUGUUUUAUUCACACACAGAUAAAAAAGAGACGUGUUUAGAUGAUGAUAUACGUUGACCCCAAGUGUUUGUAUUACUUCACUGUGUGCAGAUAGUUUCCACAGUUGUUACUUGACUUCUAGAUAUAUUUCAACACUAAAAUCAGGUUGAUCAUUUUGCAACCAAAUACAUGGAAGUGAAUCAUUCCAAAGCAUUUUGUUACCAGCUUUGAAGGAUUGAACGGUUGUUUUGUUUCACACUGCUUCAUGCACUGCUACAGCCUGACUCUUAACACUUUACCAGCUGUGCUCCUUUACGUUGAAUAAAAGAGUCGGCCGAAGUCACCUGUGUGAUUGAUUUCUGACUGGCGAUCAGUCAUUCUGUCUGUCGUUCAUUAACUCCUCCACCACGCCCUGCUCUCACCUGAUAGUGAGGAAGGUUAAGGUGACGUUGGAGUGGAUCUUUAACUGUCAGGUGUUAACAGAUUUUCUCUCACAAAGACAAACGCAACAUGUGAACUAACGCUCAGAUUCAUUCUCCUGUGAUCAAUAACACAUCUGUGGAAGGAUUGGGUUCAUGUUGAGAACUUGAGACACGUUGAGGUGUGGACGGUGUGACGUCAGCGAUGUGUGAUUCAUCGGUCCGUCUCUCAGAGCGUUAGCGGUCCCUACGGUCAGGAUGAUCUACCUGGCUCACACAGCUCACUGGCAGUUCCUGGGCCUGGUGGCGGGGGCCGUGGCGUGGAUCCUCAUCCUGGCCACGACCGGCCUCAACGAGUGGCGUCUGUGGCACGUGGCCGACGUGUCCGUUGUCAACUCGGGCGUGGCGUGGGUGGGCAUCUGGAGGGCGUGUUUCUACAGCCACACCCUCCCCGGGAUAGAGAACUGUCGGAGUAUCGGCGUCUCGGACGCCUUCGCCCCCGCCGAGAUCUCCGUGGCCCAGGUGUUCAUGGUGCUGGCGCUGAUCUCCGGCCUGGCGGGGAACCUCAUCGCCGCCGUGGCUAUGAGGAUGGUGUACUUCUCUGUGGAGGACCGCAGGAACAUUAGGCUGGUCUUCGUGCUGGCGGGCGCCCUGUACGUGCUGACGGGGACGAUCUGCUUGGUGCCGCUGGCGUGGAACAUGAGCUCGGUGUUGAACAACAGAACCAUAGACUUCCCUCCCGAGUUCCACCUCCCCGCCGCACCCGCCAGGCAGCGGGUCGGCUCGGCCAUCGGCGUGGGCAUCAUCGCCUCCAUCCUGAUGCUCAUCAGCGGGCUGCUCUUCGUCUGCUACCGCCACGCCUGGGUGGCCCUGAGAACGGAGGCCCCCAGAGACACCCAGGACCCCAAAGACACCAGGGACACCAGAGACACCCGGGACACCAGAGACACCCUCCAUGGUCCCUGGACAGAGACGGCCCCGGCACAGAAGACCACAUUACCAAACGGGGACAACCGGGGUCGAGAUAAUCCUGCAUUUUACAGUGAAGAAGUCUCAUGAGGACAAAACGCCAACAUCAAGGACAUUUUACUGGUUUACAGAAAGAGACUUGGACGAUGUCAGAGAAGAAAAGUUUAAAGAUUUAAAGCCGCUGAAUCUCUUAUUAAUGUAUAUGUAUUAAUAUACAACCAGAAACACUGUGAGCUACACAUUAAUCCAGACGUCAAAACACAGAAUCAUCCAGAAUAACAGUCAAGAAUUCACCCUGUGACAGCUGAACCAUAAUCUGAAGAAUAAAACCUGAAUUAACGAUCACUACUAGAGUGUUAUUCUCAUUUAAAGAAGCACUGUGAUAAUGUGACAUUCAAAUGCCGGCCCUCAUGAUUCAUUCCUCGCUCACAAGACCACGUAGAAGAGUUAAAAAUAAAUGUGUGUCAGGUUGUUAUUUAAAUGCCAAACAAAUAAAGAUAAGCUUCUCAUAAAA